AUUUAAAAAAAAACAUCAGUCAGUGUUAAGCUGUUGUGUGGGAAGGGUGUUGCAGCCGUUGUGAAAACCGAUUGAAGUGUUUUCAGUUAGAACCAUGUCUAACAGGACGGGAAGUUUUAAGAAUCCAUUCCAAAGGCCAUGGAUGUCGGAAAGUGGCGCAGCGGCUGCAGCUGGGGGCUCAGGAUCAGUGGGAAUGAAAGGAGUCGUUGCCGGCGGCAUCACUGGUGGCAUUGAAAUUUGUAUUACAUUCCCAACCGAAUACGUAAAAACACAACUGCAAUUAGACGAAAAAGGUGGUACCAAGAAGUACACAGGCAUCGGAGACUGUGUAAAGAAGACCGUGCAGGGCCAUGGCUUCUUCGGGCUGUACAGGGGGCUCAGCGUGCUGCUGUACGGCUCCAUACCCAAGUCUGCCGUCAGAUUUGGCGUAUUCGAGCAAGCUAAACUAUACAUGGUGAACGACAAUGGUACCCUGAGCAACACCGGAAAACUGGCGUGCGGGUUGGCUGCCGGCGUGGCCGAGGCCGUGUUCGCGGUGACCCCCAUGGAGACCGUCAAGGUCAAGUUCAUCAACGACAUGCGGAUGGAGAAGCCCAGGUUCAAGGGAUUCUUCCAUGGAGUGAGGACUAUUGUUAGGGAAGAAGGUGUUGGCGGAGUGUACAAGGGCGUCACAGCGACAAUAAUGAAGCAGGGCAGUAACCAAGCCAUCCGGUUCUUCGUGAUGGAAUCCCUGCGAGACUGGUACAAGGGCGGCGACCGCGACAAGCACGUGCCUAAAUACAUCGUGGGGCUCUUCGGUGGUAUCGCCGGAGCCGCAUCCGUAUUCGGCAACACACCCAUCGACGUCGUCAAAACCCGCAUGCAGGGCCUCGAAGCCUCCAAAUACCGCAGCACAUGGGACUGUUUCAUCAAGACCUGGAAGUCGGAAGGCCCCCUCGCCUUCUACAAGGGCACGGUACCUCGCCUGAGCAGAGUGGUGUUCGAUGUAGCUAUCACUUUCACUAUCUAUGACAGUAUCAUGGAUGUGUUUAACUAUGCGUGGAAGUAAGGGGUUAUAGUGUGGGGAACGCUGGUAUAAGUUACAUCAAUGCGUGUUACCGACUCUGUAGGACUAAUAGAGUCCGUCUGUGUUCUAACAUCAUCAGUUUAAUUAUAUAAGUGAAAGAUAGAUGAUAUUAUGUAAGCAUAUUUUUUUAAAGAGCAAAUCAAGGCAGACUUAUUUUAUAUCGUUGCUUUGAUAGUGAUAAUUUUACAGUUUAAAGAAAGCAUCAUUGUAGUAACUUAUAAAAGUGGUACAGUACACGUUUUUAGUCUAAAGGGCUCAAUGCGAGACUAAUGAUUCUCCAAUAACUCGUAAGUUAGAUUCGAGCCUCUUAUAAACGGGUGGUUAGUAGUGCACUUAUUGUUGUUGAUAUAUUUAUGGAAAGUAAGGCUUAAAUAGCUACGGGUCUUUUGACUUAAAACUUAAAUAAUAAUUGUUGUGACAAAUAUGACAAGACUUAAUUCCAAAACAUAACCAUAUUUCUUUUUGAAAAAAUGUUGAUAAUCAUACAGAUAUUUCUCAUGACAAUUUUUAUUACGAUAUUGGCUUGCUUACGACAAAAGAUCGUUGGGAAUUGAUGAAUCGUUGUAGGAUAUAGCACUAGUGCCUUCGGCGGUAUUUUAGCUGUCCGCCCGUUUAUAACAAUUAUAACUUAGAAAUAUUCAUUGUCACAUAUGAAGAGGACUUAGUCUUAUCGAAUAUGCUAAAGGAAUAGCUAAAUGUGGUAAAUAAUAAGUUCUAACGCGUAUAAUGAAAAAUACAAUAUUAUCUUUUUUAUCUUCCAAAUGGAAAUUCUGCCAGCCAUAACGACUAAGUAUAACUUGUCAAUUUGGAGUUUUUUUACACAAUGGAUUAUUUUGAUAUAGUAUUGUAUUUUUUACUAUAUUUUAUGACAAAACAUGAAGUUAUUAGUCAUUAUCUUCGUAGUUGUACAAAUGUUCAUGCGCUUGACAGGUGUAAGUGGAAUGUAAUCGCGUAUAAUAAGUGUUAUUUUUUGGUAAAAUCAUCGAAAGUAUAUUUUUGUAGGUGUACAGAUGUAAACAGUUUAUGGUGUUGACCGUAUUUAUUAUUACUCAUGACUUUCAAACAGGGUUUCUUGUUUCUUGUAUUUUUUGUUGUUUCUUUGUUUUUUUUUAUAUAAAAGUCUUAGAUUACGUGGUAGUGAGGUUUAUUACAAUGAAAUGUAUUUUAUGAGUUAUUUUUUAAAAUUUUAUGCAGAAUCAUGGCAUGUGAUAAUCAUUGUUUAAAACGAAAUGACAUACAUUUGCAGAAUGUAUCCGAAUUUGUAUGUAUUGUGAUGUUUAUAUAACGACAGGUUUUUUUAUAUUUUUUAACGGAGCAUUUUCCUAAGAUAAAUAGUUAUAGGCAAGUACAAAUGAUGAAUUCAACGACUGCAUAACGAUACUGGAAUAGUUUAGUAUUUACACCAUUUAUUAGUACCAAUGCAUUUCUUUUUGUACUCCUUCAUUUCUGAUCCUUUAAGACCUCUAGAGCACGAAAUUUGCGAACAAUCCCCUUUUUAUCAGAAUAUCUAUUGGCACCUCAAGAGGUCUUAUUCGGACAUUCCAUUGAUAUCUGCUUUUAAUUGCAUAUAAUUAUAUUAUUUAUACUAUUGUUUUCAUAAUGUUGACAUGUUGCUAUUAUUUAUUUAUUUUCGUUUUUAUGAAAUAAAAAUUGUGAAAUAAAA